AGAAAUUAUACGUGAUGUGAUGGCAAACAUACUGUCAUAGAUGUGUCAUGGAAGAAAAUGCAACAAGCAGGGAAAAUGUGUAUAAUAAUGAAAACAGUUGUACUGCAGGGCCUCACGAUGUUGAUUCAGAAGCGAGGCUGCCACAAAUCGAAGAUUUUGUUUUCAUCAAGCCAAUUAGCAAAGGAGCUUUUGGGAAGGUUUUUCUUGGUCAUAAGAAGAACGUGCCCAGCAAACUGUAUGCUAUUAAGGUUAUGAAGAAAGCGGAGCUUGUUAUCAAGAACCUGAAGAAGCAAGCGACAGCUGAACGAGAUGCCAUGGCAGUGUCACGGAGUCCAUUUAUUGUUCAUCUCUACUACUCACUGGAGUCACAACAGAAUAUAUUCCUUGUGAUGGAAUAUCUAAUUGGCGGUGAUGUUAAGAGUCUGUUGGCAAUCUGUGGUUACUUUGACGAAGAGAUGGCCGUUAUGUACACCGCUGAAGUGACCUUGGCAUUGGAGUAUCUCCAUCGUCAUGGCAUUGUUCAUAGAGACUUAAAGCCAGACAACAUGCUUAUUACAGACCAGGGCCAUAUCAAAUUGACUGACUUCGGUUUAUCAAAGAUAUCUGUGGAUAUUGCUCAUUCGGAGUAUUUGAACAAAAGUCCUCAUGAUCAGUUCCGCACCCCUGGACAGAUUUUGUCUUUGAGAUUACGCUUUCACUUGCCUUCAACUAGGAAACCAGCAAGAUCAGUUCUCGAGAGUCCAGGCACCCCGGCUGUUUUCCGAUCCAGAAAGAAAUUCCGAACGCCACUUCGUGAGAGAAGGUUGAGCAUCUCACUGUCACGGUUUUCCUUCAACUCCAUGUUGAACCGCAAGCUGAGCAGUUCGUCGAUUGCCCGCCUGACUCCACCCGUACAGAGUCUGACACCGACGCUACAGGAUUCUCUCAACUGGGACUCGACCUUGAACGACAGGAGUUUUUCUCGCCGUAGGCGGUCAUCAAGCAUCUCCGACUGCAGUAGAAGCAGCCACAACAUUUCCAUGGCCAGCGACAACUGUGUGUUCUUCGGUGCUGAAGACCGUCUCCCGGGAGAUGUGGAAAAUGCUGACACUGAAAAAGAAAACCGGACAGAGUUGGCGACAGAUUGCUCUGGGAAGUGCCAGAGUCACUGCAAAGUUCCUUCACGGCAGGAGAGCUUUUCAGAUGACACCCCUCAGCUACACAGGACGAACGAGUCAGUGUGGAAUUCGUACGCAGCCAAGAAUCUGCGGAGCAUGAGGGAAGGAUCGUAUUCUGAAGAAAGCGACGAUGAACACAUGCUCAUUUUAAAUGCCAUGUCCGAUUCAGAACAGAGUUACUUCAGCACAAAAGAGUUUUGUUCUCCGACGUCCGUGAAUGUGUCUGGAAAUCUGGUUUCAAAUAUUUCGGUUCAGAGUAGUCGGUACAGCUACCAUUCUGAAGAUGAAAACGACGCUGACUUUUGUCCUGGUCCUCGCAGGUCUUUCUCGCGUGUAAACGACAGCAUGCUUUCGCAACCAGGAAGUGGCGAGUUGCCUCUUCUGAGAACAAUUCAAGAAGAGAACAAGAAUUUGGUUUCGUCAGAUUCGGAGGAUAAUGAAAUUGCUAGCUGUAAUUCCGACUUCCCAUUCGCACCCGAUGUGUCCAUGAAGUGUCGGAGAGUGGCACGCAAGAGAUCGCGAUCUCGUAUUCUUCCAGAUGAUGUCUCGCUGAUUCAAAGUACCGGUCUCUCGCCUCAAGUCAGGGAUAUCUGCCUGUCCAGUAAUGAUACACCACAGACCUACAGCAAGUCUUCUACUGAGAUUGCAGACAAUGAAUUUCACAGUAUUUUGCCAAGAUGGCAUAGUGCUCCUGCAGAGUCUUUCAGUUCAAGCGUUAGCGAAGAAUCAAAUACUUCAAGGGCUGUCGGCACCAAAAAACGGACAUUGAAGUCAAAGAGAAAGCCUCUUAAUGCUCGGACGGGCCUGACGCAAGGUAUUGAUAAUAUUAGCAUCGUGCCAGGGUGUCACACGAACUUCAGAUCAAAGAAAAGAAGCUUCGAUUUGGUGGAUGAUCAUCUUGAGCAUUCGUCAGAGGCUUCAUCGUCACAGAGUUGUGGCAUGGCCGAUGGUCAGGUCAAGGUGUAUGGCGAUGAACACAGACUCAAGAAGACGGACAAUCGAGAGACGCCAUUAAAGAUGGCUUCUGUGAUCAAUCGAGAAACGCCAUUAAGGAUGGCUUCCCUGUACGAUCGAGAGACGCCAUUAAAGAUGACUUCCCUGAACGAUCGAGAGACGCCAUUAAAGAUGACUUCCCUGAACGAUCGAGAGACGCCAUUAAAGAUGGUUUCCCUGAACGAUCGAGAGACACCAUUAAAUAUAACUUCCCCAAAUGAUGGCAGGUUGUUGUCAAGCACAUCCGCGGAGUGGGUCAGUCUUGGGUUUAGUGAAGAGCGGCUGCGGUGCAAGGAGGACAACAAUACGUCCAGCGAGGAUGUCUCGUUGAACGACCAGUCACAAACACCGCUGAGGCCAAGGACCGGUUCUGUGUGGACACCAAAUAGCGCAGAGAGAGCUACAUCGCUGGGGUCUACGGCUUGGUCGGCCGCAGUGACUGGAACACACAAGAAAGAUGUGCAGUUCACCUCGGAGCACGGCUCAGAGGAGGUUAUGUCUUACCACCAUUCUUCUAGUAUAAGCAAGGGUAAAGGUUUGUACACACCAUACCACACACCUGGUAAGACUCCGCUGAGAACCCCUAAAAGUGUCAGACGUGGCCAGCAGCAACUGCAGGAUGAAAAGAGGAUUCUAGGGACUCCGGACUAUCUGGCACCAGAAAUCCUUCUUCAUAAACCGCACGAUGCUGCUGUUGAUUGGUGGGCUCUUGGUGUUUGUCUCUUUGAGUUUCUGACAGGCUUGCCGCCAUUUAACGAUGAAACGGCAGAACUUGUUUUUCAGAAUAUUCUCAAUAAAGAUAUUCCAUGGCCUGAGAAUGACGAGGUAUUAAGUGAUCCAGCGCGUCAUGCUAUAGAUGUUCUGCUGACAAUGGAUCCUCGCGACAGGCCAAAUGCUGAAGUUGUGAAAGGUCUGUCGUUGUUUUGUGACACCGACUGGGAUAAUCUUCUGAAGAUGGAAGCCCCAUUUGUGCCCCAGCCCGACGAUGAUACAGACACCAGUUACUUUGAAGCACGGAUGAAUAUGCAGCACUUGGUAGUUUCAGAGAUUGACCUGUAAACUGUAUCAACAGUUGAUGAAAAGUCUACAGUCAACCAGUUAACUAGAUCAGCAAUUUAUGUAGAAACUGGUUGAUGAAAAGUCUACAGUUAACUAGAUCAGCAAUUUAUGCAGAAACUGGUUGAUGAAAAGUCUACAGUUAACUAGAUCAACAAUCUAUGCAGAAACUGGUUGAUGAAAAGUCUACAGUUAACCAGUUAACUAGAUCAGCAAUUUAUUCAAAAACUGUUUUUACAAAUCAACCAGUAAAUUGUGUUAACACAGGGCUCGCACUGCCUAUAGCCAAAUUAGCCAGUUGUUAAUUUCUACGUUAAAUAAUUGGCCUCAACAUUUAGCGUUAGUCUUAUGAAAGUGUCUGAUUUUCAAGAAAAUAAGCUACAUAUCUGAACAUUGGCUCAAACAAAAAGAAUUCAGUGUGAGUCCUGAAAAAGAAACGUUAGUGCUAGCUCAUACCACAAUGUAGUAAUUAUUCAUUUCUAUCAGUUUGACAUAUCAGUAUUUAAUAAAAUCAGUAUGUUCAGGGUUUUUAUAUGCAUUGAGCUUUACUGCUCAUGUGUACAGGCUUAAAAUGUGUUAACCAUAGCAAUAUUUAAUGUUGGCGACACUUAUUUAAGCUUGAAUUUGUAAGUCGUAUAACCAACUGGUUCAGGUAACAGUAUAGAAAUUCCAAAUGAGCUGACAAGAUGUAUUUUAGGGAGGGGACCAAAGACAAAAGGACACAUGGACCCUGAAAAGUACAUUUCAAUAAAAAUUGUAACCAAAUUGUUCAUGAAAAGGAGCACUUUAAUUAGUUUUUUUACAGGGUACAGGUCACCCUCAUCUCCUGGCCUGGAUCCAGCCAUGGAUAUUUCAUGUAAAAAAAAAAGUUCUUGUUUUAUUGGAAUGACUUUAUGAACACAUUCUGUUCACAGCAUUUUGCUGUUUAUGGAAAAAUUAAUAAUAAUAUUGUCCUGUUAAAGUAAAAAUGUAUUUGAUGUUUAUUGAGAAAAUAUUUACCGACGGUCAUUAACACGGAUGCCACGUAGAAUGCUUUGAACAAUGUAUUUAUUGCUUUUGACCUGCAAUUAUCUGAAUAAUGACAUUCCUGCACCGAAAUAAAAUAAACAAUUAUUCUUGGAUAUAGAAUAUAGACCUAAAGUUUCACUACAAGAAAUUGGUGGACCUGUGCUGAGCUCUGAUUGGGUUUUCUCCUGUCUCACAACUGGCGUAUUAAAGGCUGGUAUGUGCUAUUCAGUCUGGUAGCAUGCUUUUAAAAGAUCCCUUGAUGCUAAUGGAAGAGUUUAGGUGUUUUGUUUAUGUGCCAGAACGACCAAAUGUUUAACAUCAAAUAGUUGAUUAUUAUUAAAUCAAUGUGGCUUAGUGAUGAUGUUAAACAAAGUUUAACUUUUCAAAAAGGUUAGGACAAACAUGGAAUUAGAUAAAUGAAGUGUAUGAACUAUGUAAUUACAUCAUUUAUAAAAAGUUGUUUGUACAUAGUACAGUGUCUAAUGAUAUUGCAAACAGUAGUAAUUUAAAAUAGUCUGGGAUGUUGUUUAAACAAAUAUUGCUUUGAAAUUCCUUUUCCAAACUUCCAUAUUCAAGGAAUACAUUAAAUAUUACAUGCAGAACUUUUCAAAAUUAGAAUAUUGUUGACUAUUUAUGAAUUAAUGAGUUGAUAAUAGACAAAAACAAAAUAUUCUGUAUUGAUUAAUAACCAUUGUAAUCAAUUUGAAAAUUUAUUAAGAACUACAAUUUAAUGUGGUAGAAUUGAAUAGCAAUCUGUAAAACUUGCAUAACGAGUUGUAACAUGAUGCUGAAGAAAACGUUCCCUGAAUGAAUACAUAAGGACCGAAUUGUUGGGGGACAAUUUCGCAUGUUGUUUUCUGCAACACAUUUUGUAUGUAUUAUAAUGUAUUGACGUAUCCUAAAAAUUAUAUUGGCAUUGUAUAUGAACAUGUAUAUACCUUUUCUUUCUUUUUUCUGAUCUUUUUUUCUUUUUCUUUUUUGGAGUCAUUUAGUGGUAUAGAAGAUGGUAAUUUCAAUCAAUUUAAAUUUAAAUUCAGUGAACAUUAGAAAACAUCUUAGUUGUAGCCAUUAUCAUGUUUACAUGGCAUAGAAUUAUCGAUAAUAGCUUAUUGGAAUAUCUAAUUUGCGUAUUUUGUAAAAUAGUAUUUUUGUUCAUAUCGGCGAGUAUUGCAACAUGGCAUUCUUUAUUAUAGUUGUAUACAUUUUUCCACGAAAGACAUUUUAUGACAAUAAUCUGCAUCUUUUACAUGAUUAUUACAUGUAUAUACUUUUAUUUUAUCUCCUAGAUUAUAGUCAAUUAAGAUAUAUUAUUGAGUGCAUCAACAUAGUCCAAUAACCAGUUUUAUUACCGAUAUGAUUAAAAAUAUCUUGGUACAUAUUAAAGUGAUACGUACCACUAGAACGCCAAGUGGGACGUAACAUUUCUGUGUCAUCGAUUGGCGUACUACAACCUUACAGGAGUGUUAACCAAAUGAAUUGAGUGAUAUAAAGAUUGAUUAUGGGUAAUACAUAGGAUAUUAAACUCCCUACCAUUUCAUAUCAUGUUUAUGUCCUCAUGAAAUAAUUUUCAUUGUCACUCGCUAAAGCUUGUGACAGUUGAAAAAUAUUUCACUCUGGACAUAAAAAUUAUGAGAAAUGGAAGCUCAUUUAAUAUCCUAUAAAUCUGAUCCUAAAUUUCUCCUUUUUAUAAUUACUAUAUAAAACAUUUUAAAAACACGUAGAUGCCACAUUUCUGUAUGAUAGAGAUCUGAUGAUAUAACCACAUUCUACAUUACCAGAGCCCAUGUUUCUAAAACUUUAGAGUCGAGACUUAAACUUUUUAUUUCAUGACAGGCAUUCAGUUAUUAUGUGUUUGAGAUGACGUUAAAGUCUCAGAUUCUAUAAGUCUUGAGUUUAGACAGUAAAUGUUUUUUGUUAAACACCACCUAGGCCAGGAAUCACUUCUUCAGAAAAACACAGAUACCUGGGGCCUAAUUCACAAAGGUCUCUUAGGCUCUGCUAGACAACAAAGUAUCCUCUUUGCAAGUCUUUUUGCAUUGCAGUGCGAGAUCGCAAAGUUGCGAGAGUUUAGUUAAUUAGGUCCCUGGUAGAACUGUAUGAUUAAGAUCUACUCUAUGAUUACUUUUUAAUAUUACCAGCAAUAACUAUCUCAUUCUGUAUUCAGUUAAAGACACAUCUGAUGUAACUUCUGUAUGACCAUUACAUUAGUCUUUUAUUAAAGGUCCACAAUCAUGGUACAUUAAUACACAGUAUAUAUAAAAAAUACAUAAAGAUUACAUUAUUAAACAUAAAAAAACAAAAAUACCACCCCAAUUAUUAAUAAAGCAACUUUUUGUAAAACGCUCGGGGGGAGGGGGGGGGAAACGCUGAUACAGUCGAUUUGACCCGCAUCUGACCUCUCAUUUAUUAGUAGGUUAGCAUGGCGACAGCAUGUAAUGAUUCUUCGGAAAAUAGCUCAUUCUUAUCGGACGUUAGUUUGGACAUUUUGGACUUGUCGCAUUUGUCUGUUUAUUCUAAUGCUAUCUCGAUUGGUGAGGAUGAAGGAGAAAAUCCGUUAGGGGUACUUCCCUAUCAGUUUGAACCAGAGUACACUGAUAAUGAUCCGGCGAGCCAAACGUAUUUUUUAGAAAACAUCGCAUUAACAUUCGGUAGGCGUAUCUGUUUUUGUCUUUGGGCGAUGUUCAGGAUUUUUUCUAAACAAUAUUUUUCCUACAUUUAUUUUUUAAACAUAUAUAAAUGCAUCUUGUUGAGGUGUAUUUUUGUGCCAAAUAUGAACAAUGUACACCUCGACAUUAACAUUCGGGCUUUGUUUUGGUGUUCGGGCUCCGAGCUACAAAUUUGCUGAACCGGGGGGAUACAGACUUGGAACAGACAAGUUCUUUAACAAAAGUUUUGGUGCCAUUCCCAUCGACCAUCUUAGAUAAUUAUCGUAAUCCCCAGGUGUGAAGUGGUCACUGCAAAUCGUAUUCCAUCUUGAUGGUCCUUUCCAAUACAUACAUGUUCGGUUUCCAAGCAGAUAAUGUCAGUUUGUCUUUUGGAAAAAUAUGCAAACUUCUUUUGCCUUUAACUGCAGCUUUUGUACAUCCAUACACCAAAUAAUGGUUCACCAUGUUUCCCAUUUGAAAGAUAUCUUCAAAAUAAUAUUCCACACAUACAAUUCAAUUCAAUAGAAUAACAUUUUCGCGUUAUAAAAAUACACGUGUUCCACUUGCAUAUAAAAUGUCUGAAAGGCUGCAAAUCAUGCUUUCAUGUUAUGCUGGUUAGCACAUCAUGGGGUCACGUGACUUAACUCUUGGAGUGCAUAGGCUUUUUGGCAAGCGAUGGGGUGGGGGUGGGGGGGGAAGCGACUUUUUAUUGUGAAUAUAUUAAAAAUAGUUUUAAAAAAUUUAAUUUAUUUUAUUGAUACUUCAUAUAUAUUGUAAAAGGUAAACGUAGAUACCAAACAAUGGUGAAUCACGUUUUUGAUAAAUGUAGACCUUUAAACUUUUAACAGAGUUUAACAAUGUCAUAAAUUACCUGUAUGUAAUGUCAUUAAGGAUUUAGUCGAGAGUAAAGUUUCAUAAACACAGUUCGUGAGAUUACAAUUUCAGUCAAACCUCUGUAAACCAGACCCUCUGUAAACCAGAAAACCCUUUAAAAAAACCCAGACAUUUUUUUAAAAUCUGUACAGAACUUAACUUCUCUAAACUGGAUACCUCAUAAAACUGGACAUUUUA